AUGUUACCAAAUUUGAGAGGGCCAACGAGUUAUUUAUUGGCUUUAACUGCUUUCUUUGAAAUUCUCCAUCAAUCAUGCCAUCUUGUUUUUCUUGUUGUUGCUGUUAGUGGAAUUAAUUUUAUUAAUUAUUCCACAGCUUUAAUAUUUCAAUUACAUUCAAUUUUUGGUUUAACAGCAGCACAAACAGCAAUUUGCUCUACAGCUUUUGACCGUCUUCUCGCUGUUUCAUUUCCAAUGAAAUAUGAUCAAAUAAAAAUUCGCCCUUAUUUGUUUGUCCACACAUUGUUAGCUUUUUCUAGUGGAAUUUGGAUGUCAAUAAAUGCUAUUUUGUUUGCAAAUAAAUAUCCAUUAAUUAAAGUUACGGGAAAUAUGAGUGACCUUUUAAUUUUGGAUAUGCAUAUCCUCCAUUUAUUUAUGAUGUCCCUUUGUUCAUUAAAUGUUAUAAUUUAUUUACUUGUUUGGAUAGUUGUUUGUUUCCAUCAAUCAAGUAAUUUAAAUUUAAAUUUAAAAUUAAAUUUUAUUUAA